UUUUGUAUUUAAGUCUCCAUUGCAUGAACAGUCAAAUUUUAACUAAUGCUAGCACACUUUCAGAAAUUUGAUAAUUUGUGACUGCAAAAUUAUCCGAAAAUUGUCAUAAUAUUGAAUAUUUUAAAUAUUUUUUUGGCGUCUACCCAUACGUUAGAGUAAGCACAGAGGCAAGAUGUCGGACCGCAAGGCAGUUAUCAAGAAUGCAGACAUGAGCGAGGAGAUGCAACAGGAUGCUGUGGAUUGUGCAACACAGGCGCUGGAGAAGUACAACAUCGAGAAGGACAUUGCGGCGUACAUCAAGAAGGAGUUUGACAAGAAAUAUAAUCCAACCUGGCAUUGCAUUGUCGGCCGCAACUUUGGCUCCUAUGUGACCCAUGAGACACGUCACUUCAUCUAUUUCUACUUGGGGCAAGUGGCCAUAUUACUCUUUAAGAGCGGUUAACUUGCCACCUUGCCACACCUUCCUCUUUGUUUCCCCGUUACCAAAACCACCAAUAAUAAUAGCUUAUUCACAAUUUUGUUGUAAACCCAGACGCAUACACUCACACAACACAGAAAUCUCGGAGAUUUGAAAUGGCACUGUUAAUACACACAGAUACAUAUUGUAUAGCAUAUCUUCCACAAAACGUUAGGGAGAUUGAAAUAACAUGCACAAAUCACAGUUCGAAUAUUAUAUGUUAUGAUGGCAAACCCACAAAUGCAAAACUAAUCAACUAAUAGCACCAAUCACCACAGAUAAACACAUACAAAAGCGCACACAGAUUUCGAUAAGAAUUAAAUCAAGUAUACAAGUCAAAA